UACAACCCUUAUGGGACAGCUCCUAUAAUCCGCAUUGCGAAGGAAAAAUGACAAAUUUUCGUAUUGCAUAUCUCCUCGCUCUUGCCCAAGCGAUAGCCGGGCAAGAUGCGACCUCUCCAGUCCGCUGGACCUUACCAUCCGAUGCUUCCAAUGCUCAAGCAGUCUACAAAGGCUACAUUGGCUUUGGGAUUGAAAUGAAGAGCUUCCCAGACUAUACAGGCACCGACACUCCCAAUCAAUUCUCAAACUACCUUCUUUCCCUCCUCGCCGACCGCACCGGCAACGCCCCCAUCCACAUUCGCGUCGGUGGCACCUCCAUGGAUAGCAGCAUCUACGAUCCAUCAUUCAACGAGACCUGGAAGAAAACCCCUCAAGGAAAGGACUGCCGGCUACACACGCAAGUCACGCUCGGAAAGCCGUGGGUCGAAAAGACAUUUGGAAACCUCAACUCUUCUUUCACACGGUACACCAUCGACGUCCCAUUAGCGCGGCUAAACAAGACGAAUGGAAUCGAGUUUGCGAAUGCAUGUAUCAACGCGAUGCCGAGCAAGACUAGCCAGCUUGACGCCGUGGAAAUCGGCAAUGAACCGAAUCUGUAUACCAGUUUCCCUAAUCCACCCUGCGCCACUAAUGAUCGGCCGUCUGGCUGGAAUGCGUCGGACUAUUCGAGACAGUGGACGACGUACGCGAAGAAUCUUACGGAUAAUGUACAGGCGUUGAAGAACAGCGGGCGGAAAGACUGGUUUCAGACGCUUGCGCUUUCGUCGGGGUAUAAAGUGGAUGAUUGGACUUUUGCUGACUUCUGGGAUCAACUGAAGCAAGACGGAUAUAUCAAGACGAUUUCCCAGCACUACUAUCAAACCGAUGCCAAGGGAAGCGUAACCGACUACCCCAUCGCUCACGCCAACACAGUCAACGUCCUCGAAACCAAGUUCCGCCGCAACCUCAACUUCACCAAGAACCGCAACACGCCCUUCAUUCUCGGCGAAGUCGGCACCGUCGUCAGCUCCAGCAACGCCAACUCCGAAAGUCAGGACCUAUAUAACUCGCUAGGCUCAGCCCUGUGGACCUUCGACUUCCUGCUGUACGGCAUGAGCAUGGGGAUCAACAGGGUCAGCAUGCAGAUGGCGACAGGGUUUAAGAUUUCGGCGUGGAAGCCCGCGAAGGGGAAAGAGGUGCACGGGAGUUUUUAUGGGCUGGUGGCGGGCGCGGAGUUCAUUGGUGAGGGCGAGGAUUUGCAGAUCCAAGCGCUUUCGACACAGGGCCAUGAGAAUAUUGCUGGGUACGCAGGGUUUAGCGGCGGGAAGUUGGCGAAGGUCGCAGUGCUGAACCUCCACUUUUGGAACGAGACGAACGCGACGCUAGAGGACCGACCAAAGAGGAAUAUUGCGCUAGGCGGUUUGGGCAAUGAUGUGAGCAGUGUGCGGGUGUCGACAUUGACGGCAUCGAAUGGGACACCGGAUCAUAACAUCACGUGGGCGGGUAAGCGGUGGACGGCAGAGGGCGAUGGGAAGGAGUAUCAAAGUGGACCGAAGCCGGUUGUGAUUGAUGUGAGAAAUGGAGCUCCGGUUAGGAAUCUGACGGUUGGGGCGUCGGAGGCUGUACUAGUGGAGAUAGUCAGGAACUAAUGGAAGAAGAGAGGUACGAUAUAGUGUAG